AUAGAGACAUUGAUACACUUAUUCUAGAACAUUCUAUUACACUCACAAGUUUCCAUCUACACGGAACCAAUAACUAUUCAUCUCGUUGUUACACAAACCACUCAGCAGAGUAUAAGUGUCACUCAGAAAAGUUUAUCGUGUGAAAUUCAAAUGUUAUUAAGGAAUUUUGAGGCUUCUACGGAAUUGAAUUAUUUCCAAUAGGGCAUCCAUCAGAAAAUCGAUAUCAGUCAAAGAAUCGUUGAAAUCCUUGGAGUAUUAGAAGGCUCUUUCGUAUUGGUUGGAAACUCUUGAGCAACGCCCAACUACAACUUCAUCAGGGAUCAAAUUAAAGACUUCUAGAUCAGCGGUGAACGCGCUACCGCCCAGGCACUGGGCUUGGAUUCAAAUGUUUGCCGUUUCCAAAUUCUGUCAAUUCGCAGUGUAGCGAGACCAUCAUAACUAUUGCAGGGUAACUUCUCGUCACGAGACUCUAGUCUCAGAUUUGACUCUGCACUGUAUUGUGGGUGUGCAAUGAGUGCUAAGGAGUCCCAAGUUAAACCAGGAGUAACUUCGCUGUGGUGGUGAUGAAACGUUCACAACAAAAUACCGAGGCCCAGAGAACACCGAACCAUCAUCACCAUCUUCAUCCUGGGGUACAAAUCGUUUCUAUGAUUUCAAGGAUAAAAACAUAGUUGCAGUGUACCUAGUUGGGCACUUGUACAUUUCACAGACACUGUCUUCUAACGUGAGAUAUCGAAUCCGGAACUUAAGUUCAGAAUAUCACCUUGAUUACCGUAGCUAGAUAAAUUCCAGGAUAGUAGGCUAUCCUGUAGUCUGAAAUUCGACACAGAAACACAAGGUCUAUAAACGUCACUCAUACGCCUUUCAAUUGACCAAUAUUGACAACAAACGUAGAGUUAUUUCAUGGCCUUUGCAGAAUUACGCCAUCUAUGGCAGCGGUGUAAUGUAGGGUUGUCCAAUAACGGCUUGGUGUACUGCAGUGCAGUUUCCUCUGUUUUACUAUGAUGACCAGGUGGGGGAAAUGAGACAGCUUCAUGUUUUAUAGCCGAAUUCCUAAAUAGAAAAUCUAGAAAGCUAAUCCUUAGCUCCACAUACCCAACUUGUGACCGUAAAGCGUAGCUAACUUUUGUUGGAUGUUUCUGAAUGCGACCUCGUAGCCAAUUACAGACAGUUCUCACUCCAUUUAGUGUGCCGUGGAAAUCAUUGGAGGCACUAUCAUAAGUGGAUUAGUGACACAGACUAGCCGCCUAUAGACCAUGUCCGUAGGUACACUAAAAUCCACGUAAGCGGCGUAGAGCUUUAUUACUGAAUCAAUAAGGCAUGUAGUUCAGUUGAGUAAUGAGGCCUAGUGCUGACGUUUGUAGUUUGACUCCAAAGGAGACUAGGAUGCAGGUAUUUUGCUUGGCGGUGGCUAGCAGUGGAAUCCAGAUUGACGUGGUUUUCAUCCUAUUUGGGACUCAUUGGUCCAGAAGAAUAGCGGCGGGGAAUCGCAUGUGUAGACAUGUCUAACGGACUUGUCAAGAGGAUGAAUGGUGGACAGCGAAUUCUAUCCACUGCAGGUCACUUUUCCAAAGGCUACCUUUUAUCAGUCUCACUCUACUCCCUUAAGAAAUAAGUUAGACGUCAUUUCCCAGCAUUUUAAAUGCAGUCAAGCAUAUAGCAUGAUUUCACAAGGCCGAAAAGAUAGGAUGACUCAUAUUUCACUCCAUUGAGUCUCAUCACCACCAAAGAAAAUAAUUUUCAGCGAAGUCUUGUUUAGCUUACACAAUAACCAAUAAAAUAAGAGUAUUGAUUAUUUUCUGCAUUUCUUAUUGGCCAAGCAUGUCCGUCUCACACUCUACUGUGGAUCAAAAAAUGAAGGUAAGAUGGUUGGCAGACAGGCAGAUAAAGACAACACUGGUGUCCUUUACUGUUUAUAGGGCUUGUCAGAUUGACAUUAGAAAUAACGGUCAACAACAUUGGUUUUCCUGGGAGGACAAUAUAUUUUGGAUUGUAAAAAGAUAUCAAUUCGUCUGUGAUAUGGAUUUUACUCACCUUGGGAUUUUAGCUGUUCAGUUACGCAUUUGUUUCAUUCAGUCUUGAUAGACUAAUCGAUUGCUUUCAACUUCCGGAUUACUGUUUUUCUUCUGGGCAGUUUCUAUUUUUUUUGUUUUUCUAAUGAUUGGAAGUAUGCGACAUCGUGAUCCUACUACCGCAGAGCUUUCACCUGGUUUAUAUCUUGAUAAACAUUGUUCUGAAACACCCAUAUUAACAAACGAUCCAACAAAAUCUAAUCUAGAAUCAGGAUUAUACACUGCACCGACAGCAGCAACUUCAAAAGCCUCAAGAGUUUCUCCAGUAUUAUCACGUAUGCAUCCGUCUAAUAUAACCAAUUGCUUUUCACAAUCUAGUCGUGUUCAGCGGCAAGAUUUUAAAUCGAAAUAUCAUGGCCAAGUGACUGGUCUAAAUUCAUCUCAGGAUACAUCUAAGUCUGGACGGUAUAUCAACCACAGGAAGGUACGCAAAAAGGGGAAACGUGAAACACGAUUUCAAAUGAAUGGGAAUAUCGAUCAGAAUUUCCAUUCCCUCAAAGUAACUAUCCGAAGGACGUACAAGUCAAAUAAACUUGAGAAUGGAAUCUGUGCAAUUGUAAAUACACCAGAGGAUAAUAUUAAUCACGACUCUAUGCAUCGAUCAUUUGGCCAUAUGGAUAACAAUGCAACUGGUUACUUCAAGUCACAGCAGUUUGGUGGAAAAAUGAAUGAGGAUGCAUAUAGUUCAGAGAGUUUGUCGGCUCGCGUAAGUUCCCGACUGUAUGCUGAUUCAUCCACGUCUACUGUGGAUAGCGCUACCUUGACCGAACCGAAUUUACUUGGUCCUUGUGAACCUGGCACAAAAAUUGUUGUAGAAGGCGUAGUAUGGCUGGAAGCCACUGGAAUGCUUGUUCUCAGUCUCCACUGGCGUGGACGUAACUAUAUGGGCACUUUAUUAGACUCAUCAAAGCAGACAUUUGGUCCUACUUGCAUGGAUAAAGGUGUUGCCAGUGCAUUGAAUCUCUUACGUGGAAGAAAAUCUUGGUGUGAUUCAUCACAACGAGGUUAUCAAGCUCGUGGUAUUCAUCAUUUCCAUCAUAUGAGACAUCAUCGUCGUGGUGGUGGGCAUGGUGCAGGUAUAUCAAUGACUACUCGGUCAGCUUCAGCAGCAGCUGCCGCAACAUCACAAGACUCAACAGAGGGUGAGGUAGAUUCCAAAGAACAAUCUGUUGUUCAUGAUCCCUAUUCAACUGAAUGUAUCGACCAACCUUAUGUGCCUUUGGAUAUAGGUUAUAGCAAACGAUCUGCUCCUCUUCCUCCUCCUCCAACUGAUAUUCCUAAACGUGGAGCCAAAGGACGUAGACGUCGUGGUGCUGGUCGAAGACAAAUUCGUCCAGUUAACGUGUUAUCCCCUCCCAAUGAAAGCUCUGUAACUCCCGGAUCUGAAAUUAGACAAGCGUCCACUGAUGAUGUAGAAAGCCGUCGAACUCCCUUGACGGACAAUGGAACUACGAAUUCUGAUUCAAAUCUGCCAAUAAGUUGUCCAUUUACCGAUUGUAAAAAACGUUUCGCUGAUAUUCUUAGCAUGCGUUAUCAUUUUACUUUGGGACACAGCGCUCAAACCAUGGAAAUGAAAAACGCUCACAGCUCAGUUAUUGUUCAGUCUCUUGGUAAAAAGGUUAAUUCGAUGAAAAAUGCAGAUAAUGGCGAUGAUGAUGACGAUGAUCAACUUGAAAUAUCUGUUUGUGAUAUAUCCGCCAGCUCAUCUCCCCCACCAAAGUUGGCAAGAGCUCAUGGCGUUAAGGAUAGAAGCAGUGAUAGCAAUGACACAAGUUUAGUUUUGAUCAACGGUGAUGAUAUGGAUGAUAAUAUUGACCCACCAAAACUUCAUCGUAUUGUAUCGAUACCUGAUUCAUUUUGUGGUGUUCAUCCAACUGGUGUUGGUGGUGAUGGUGAUUCAAGUCCAUCAUCAAAGUUUGAGGGUAAUCAUCAUACGCUAGUGGAUGAUAUUCCGGAUGAACCUCCUGCUGCAAGUCCCGCAUAUUCAGAUAUUUCCGACGACGGUACUGUAUCGUCAUCUACAACUAAUAUCCCAACUUUAAAUAUGGCUGCAGUAACAGUCAAUGUGCAAACGUCUCGGGAGACACUAUUGAAUUCCCCAUCUAUCCUAUCGUCAAAUCUCUCCAACCAACCAUCCAUAUCUCAAGGGUAUAUUGAUGUUUCAAGACGUCUAAAUCUCUCCCCGCUUAUUCUCUCUGCUUGUUCACCGACGAUUCUGGGUGCUGGUGAACCAGGCAAAUUAUAUCUUCCUGCCAAUUUGUUCCCUUCAAAUUUGAAAGGUGUCGGCAGUAUUUUUUAUCAAACUACCUCACCAACAGUCAAGUGUAUAGAUAAGCAGAACACAGAGAAUGGCUUGAAAUCGACAGUAAACAAUUCUCCAAUCACAUUUGCUUUACAACAAAAAGAGUCUCCGUCUAGACCCCUAAUUACUAACAAUAACUGUUAUAAUGGUGGGGUUAGCACUUGCAGUAGUAAUUCAUUACACAAUUUAUCAGGUUCUCAGUCUUCUUCAUUAUCUACGAAUGGCACUUCUUUGCUUCCUCCAUCCAAUCAAAACAAUCCUCGGCCAUUAACAUUCCUCUCUGUUUCACCUGGAUUAAUGACUGAACAGAAUACACGUCCAUCAUCAACAGGACCAUUUUUAUCCAAUCCGCCUGUCACCUUUUGUGUUUCCCGAAAUUCUCCAAUUCCACCAAUACCCGGUGUAUCUGAUCAAAGGAUAUUGUCACCGCAUAAUACUAACCACUAUCCCCAGUAUCAGCCUUCCACAAUGACUAAGCCUUGUGAAUAAACAGCACUAACAGCAGUGUGUACACAUGUGCAUAUUUAUUUCUCUUUUCCCCUUGAAAACAGAUGUAUAUUUUACCUUGUACAAUAGAUACAUUACAUUAUGCUACUAGUAUUGGUGGUGAUUACAGUUGAUGAAUACUCCCCUCUAACCCAAUGAUUGAUUGUAUAACCCCCUGAAAACAAACAAUCAGAGUUGUUAUUUCUGUGCUCAUGUAAUUUGUAUUUUUUACUACUCACCACAUCAUCAUCAUAUACAAACACAUUACUUUCAGUAUUCAGACAUACUUCUGUCUCGUCUUCGCCUCCCUGCCUCUUCCAUUUCUUGACUCUUACCCCAUUAUUUUCCGUUCCUCCCACCUUUUUAUUUGCCUGAUCUUUUUGCACACUAAGAGAAUCUGUUCAAAGUAAUCAAUUGCUUAGUCAAAUGGUGUUGAUCGUGUACUCCCUGUUUGUGCGUGUGUGUGUUCCAGUGCUUCUUUUGCUUUUAUAUUCCUCGUCCUCGUCUUUUCGAUUCCUGAGUUUGCAAUAUUAUGUUUUAUGACCAAAUUAUUGUAGCGCUCGCCAAGGGUCUUUCACAUUUCGAAUAUUUACCAUCGCCGUUACAUGAUCAGUUUUGUAUUUCCAUGAUUGUCGUGUACAAGGGGGUGGGGACAGAUGAGAUGAUCAUGUAUAAUACCAUUGUUACUGUCAUACCCCUCUCUUUUCAUGUGUUGUGCCCACUUCGUAUCACUCCCAACAACCUGUCCAGGAGAAAACGGUUCGAAUCAAAGAAACAAUCCGGUUGUUGGUGUUUUCUCUAGUCGUAAUGGUGGUAGCGGUGGUUAUGUUUGAUGAUCAUGAGUCAAGCUACGACAAAAGACGAACCAUCUGUGUGUUUGUGUCUAUUGUCGUAAUCGAUUUCGAAAAAGACAAAAUAGACGUUUUUCUGUCUUGAAGUUCAUUGUUUCGACCAGUAUUUUCUUAGAUAAUGGGUGGUGGAAGUAUUCUGUUGUUUUUUCUUGUGUCUUACAACAAAAAUCGGACAUAUUUUUUUACGCUUAGAAUUUCGGUAUCACUUUUACUACUACCUAUUUUAUCUGAACUUUACCUCUCACCUGAUUCUUAUCGAGACAAUGUUCAAACGUCAUACAGAGAACAAUAAUCCUCUCUUUGCAUAAAUGGGCAUUCUCUUCCCCCAUUUCCCAUUUGAAUAUCCUCUUCUGCAACUCCCAAUCCUUCUAGCUGGUACUUUCCCUUGCCUUCAUGAAAUCACUAUCCUCUGCCUAUUUUGAUUAUGAUGAUUACGAUUGUAGUUGUUAUUACUAGUGUCUCUUUAUAUGGUAUAGUGACACUUAUUGUGUGUACAGAGAAGCCGAAAUAAAGGCAUUCGUUGAUAAUUGUGAAGGUAUACAACAAGUAGAUGAUAUUCGUCUUUUAUUUUCACAGUAAUUCAAAUACCACAUGGGUGAAACAAGUUG